UACAAGUAGCUGGAUGGUCGUCAUACGUGUGCAUACAGGAUAUACAGCUGUAUAAUAAUGGCCCGAUCACAAGCCCAGGACGUCAUUCGAUGUCAAUACUGCGAGGACGAGCCCGCUGUCUUCCACUGUGUUCCGUGUGGAGAUGAACUCUGUCCUCGAUGUAAAGUCUUCCAUCUUAAAAGCAAAGUUCCUUCCGGGCACAACAUCGUCCGUCUGUCUGAGAAACUUCAUCCAACCAAUCAAGUCAAAAUGUGCGUGGUCCACUCAUAUAAAGCGUACGAGGCUUGUUGCGAAGAUUGUCAAGUCCCGGUGUGCAUUGCAUGCAUUCAGGAAGUUCACGGAAAACACACUAUCGGGAAAUUAAAGGAUCUAUACGAAAGACAAAAGGCUGAAUCCGAACACGAAUUGACUAAAAUGAAGGGACAAUAUAAGUCUGAGAUUAUUCAAAGAAUAAAAUAUUUCAAAAAUGGGGAGAGAGAAAUAAAGACCAGUCAUAAAAAUAUCAGAGAGAAGAUGAAGAAACAAGCUCAGGAUUUUAUAGAUCAUAUCAGCGCUAUUUUGACAGAAGCCUUAGAUGAAUCCACGAGAGACGAGAGAGAAAAAUUGAUGGAAAUAUCUCAAUACAGAGCAGAAGCAGAAAUAUUUGAACAAAACUUGGAACAAUUGAUUGAGAAAUUUGAAACUCUUACAGAAUCAAGUCAUCCGGCCGACCUUAUAUUGUACCGAAAGCAAAAUCCUGACACAUUCAAAAGAUUUAAAUUUCCCUUCAAAAUAAAUCUAACUUUGCCUUCAUAUACAAUCGGUCACAUCAACAAAACUCAAAAUGAGCACCAGUUUGGUAAAUUUAUCAGAGGUCACAUCAGCCAUCUCACAUUAUGGGAUGAUAGCUUGCAAGCUAAAUAUCUGACCGGAUUUGAACGCGUAAAACCAUCUACCAAAAAGGUUUCAGGGCGUUCACUAAAAAUAAGCGAAACAAAAACUCAAAAGGGAGAGUUAUAUCACGUGAGUUGUCGUGAUGACAGAUCAGCUUUCGUCAGUGGUCAAGGUCCUGGGAUACAACUGAUAGACAGGUCAGGGACAGAGCUGGAUAAAAUCAGUACUGACUGGGAGCCAGCUGGUCUGGCUGUGAUGAAGGACGGAAGUCUGAUUUACUCUGACUAUGAUAACAAAAUAAUUUAUAAAGUGUCACUCAAAAAGCAGAAAAAAAUAUUUAUAAAUACUGAUUAUGGUCCUACAGGACUGUGUUGUACCAAGUCAGGUGAUAUCCUGGUCUGCAUGCACGAAAUUCUGUUUUCAGUGGUCAAGUACAACAGCAGUGGGAGGAAGAUCCAGGAAUUCGAGACAGAUCAGAACGGGAGAAGACUUUUUCAUGGUCCAUGGUCUGUCUGUGAGAAUAUCAACGACGAUAUAUGUUUGUCUGAUUUCAGUAUAUUUAAUAGAGUUGUCGUUCUGACAAAGUCUGGAAACUUUCGGUUUACAUAUGAUGGGAAUGUCCUUAAACAGAAGUUAAAAGACAGAUUUAAUCCGCGUAGUUUAGCUACAGACAGUCUGGGUCACAUCCUUAUUGCAGACAACGUCAAUAAUGCCAUACACCUGAUCAGCCAGGACGGGGACUUCCUGUCUUACAUCCUGACAGAGGAUGAUGGGAUAUCACUUCCACACGGAAUCUCUGUGGACACGAACGACAACCUGUGGAUGGUAGAAGAAAACGCCUGUGUCAAAGUGUAUCAGUAUUUGUCAUAA